UGAUUGGUUGUUCAACAACGUGUACCGACAAACACGUGCGAUAGAAAAGUUCAAAAAAGCUUUAAUAAAAUCCACAACAUGAAUUCGAUAGUUCCUGACAAGGUGUUGGACCAGAUGAUCUGUUCGGAAUGUUCAAAAUAUUUGUCGGUUUUGCCGGUUCACGUCUACCCCAACAGAGACACGAAAUGCGGCCGUUGCAUGGAAGAAAACGAUAACGGAGCGCCAUCCCAAGUGAAUAAAGUGAUUCCAACGAUGCUUUUUAAAUGUUACAACCGUUACGAGGGAUGCUCGUCGCUUUUACUCCCUGAUCAAGUGGAAGAACACGAAAUGAACUGCAUCAGUAAAAGUUUUCACACUUGUCCAUUGUGCUCCGAAGCAAACAUGCCUCCCUAUAUGAUGCUGGCGCACUUUAAAAAAUACCAUAGGUGUUUCUUGUUGGCAAGGCCCAUUGUGCAAAUUAAUGCCACCAUUGAUUCAGAAAAACACUACUUGUACUGCACUGAAAACAUGAUUUUCCUGUGGAACAUUUUAGUGGAUACAGUCAACAGCAAAGUUUUCCUCAACAAUAAGUUGGUUGGUCCCGAAGAGUUAGCCAAACAGAUUAGCCAGCAAUUUUGUGUUAAAGAAAGUUUUAUCAAUGGAGGGCAUAAAAUUAUCUGUGAACUAAUAGUAAGGUUUGAUGUUGUACAGUUUAGUAAAUUUGAGGUAAAAAAAAAAGACAAAUUAUCCAUAAAUAAUAACGAAUUAUAUUUGUCAUCAACAAUCAAAAACUUAUAUCCUGGUUGUAAACUAUCUCCUUGCAGAAGGUUUGUUAUUAACAGUGUUGGAGAAAAAAUAAUAAGGAACUAUUUUUGCAGUUUUUGUAGAAAACAACAAUUGUAUUCAGAGGAAUAUUUUGAGUACACAAAAUGUUCAAAACCAACAGUUGUAUGUUGUAGUUUUUGUAAAGAUCAUGUAAGCCAAAUUUGCUCUAAAGGUCAUAUUCUAAGUGUAUGCAUAAGAGUCUGUCUUACAGAAUACCUACAUUUGAGAGCAUUUUGUAAAUGGAAAUGUAAGAAGCAUUUUAAUGGCUUGGAUCUUUAUGAACAUGAACAAAACUGUGUUUACCGCGAACCCAUACCAAUGUGCCCGGUGACAAAUUGCGCAAUGGAGAAUUUUAAGAAGUUUUCUGAACUUGAGAGCCACUUUAAAACUCAUAAAAAUACAAUUUUAAUACCUUACUGGGAUAGUACUGAUUGGUUCUGAACUAUUAAAAAUAAUGAUUAUUAUGUGUUUCUGGAUCAUAUUACUGUUGUUUUUUGUAGCACUUUUAACAAAACUAAAUUAAAAAAUAUUAUUACCUCUGAAAAAAGCAAUUUUAAAAUUUUUGUAAAUAAUAUUCAAAUUGUGCUUGGUGGAGAAAUUGAAAUCCUAGAUUGGGAUGCUCCUUUAAAAAUUAGAAUUAUUGAAAAUUUUCUUGCUGAAUGCAAAUAAUGUGCUUUUUAUGUUAUGUUUAAUAUGAUGUUGGUUUAUUAUUAAAAUUAUAUUUAUUUUGGUUAUACUUGUAAAAAUUGUUAUUAAAGAAAUUUGGA